AUGCAUGCGAAGCGAAGAUAUACUUACCAUUCGUAUAUAGAAAACAGCCCUCAAUCAGGGGCCUCUUACAAUACGUCCGCCAUGAGCGAUUCUCAGUCUGAACUGGUUCCUUACUCGAACGAGUGGACCGUGAUCUUACGUAAUGAGACGUCAGGUCAGAUUGUUCUGUACAACCCUUCCGAUCGUCAAGUCUCAGUAAGACAACUACCUCUUACGAGAACUACUGCUGUCACUUCUCCAAGAUUUUUGACAUCAUCACAAUUUUGCGCAUUAUGUCAUCGACCUUUUGAACGUCAUGGAUCAGAGGAGAGCAACGAGCUUCCUCGACCAGACUUCAUCCACAGAAAUUAUUUCCGUCUUUUAGAGGACACCGAGAGGCAAUCAAGGCCAUCAUCUUCAAGUGGACAGCCACCACCGCCUACCCAAGAAUAUGCUUUCCAGCCUCCCCCCGACGAUCAGAGGUGGCAUUUGUCCGAAAGUUCAUUUAAUCAGGGGUAUUAUGAGAGGUUUUUUAUUGAAGAACAGAAACUUGGUAGGGGAUUUCGCGGGAGUGUUUAUCUUUGUCAGCAUGUCCUUGAUAAUGUACAUCUCGGAGAAUAUGCUGUCAAGAAGGUUGUUGUUGGGGAUAACCAUUCCUGGCUUGUAAGAAUGUUACGAGAGGUCCACUUGCUCGAAAAACUGCACCAUCCAAACAUUAUAGAUUACAAACAUGCUUGGUUAGAAUAUCACCAACUCACCAGUUUUGGCCCUCAAGUACCAUGUUUAUUUAUUCUAAUGGAAUGCGCAAAUGGCGGUAAUCUCGAAGAAUUCAUAAACAUUCAAGCGUCACCCAUCGACACACAUGCACCAAAUGAGAAUCUCACUCCAAGAGAACGAGCUAUUCGCGAACGUCGCUUGCGUCAAGCGAGUUUCCUAAAUGACGCGCGAUCAUCUGCCACUCCACGACCGGCCUAUUCUAGACGAAUCCUCCAGUUAGAUGAAAUUUACGCUCUCUUUGUGGACAUUUGUGCUGGAUUGAUGCACCUUCACGAUCAAGGCAUAGUCCACCGAGACCUCAAACCGCCGAAUCUUCUCCUACACUACUCUAAUCCAGCUCACAAAACGGGUAUUCCGAGAGUGCUAAUAUCUGACUUUGGAGAAUGUGAGAUUCUCGACCAGUUAACUGAGCGAGAUAGAACUGGCGCGACGGGGACUCUGGAAUUUAUGGCACCUGAGCUUUUGACUGUAGAUAGUACUGGAAAAUAUUUGAAGGAAUAUUCGCCAAAGUCAGAUAUGUGGUCGUUGGGGAUUGUACUUUAUUACCUUUGCUAUUCGCGGUUACCGUAUCGACAGAUUGAAGACGUGGAUCUGUUGAAGGAUGAGAUCUUGCACUUCAGGAAUGUUCCGUUUCCAGAUAGCGACCUAUCUACAAGCGCAAUUCGUCCAAUUCCAGCACAGUUGAAGGCGCUUAUAUCAAAGUUACUUGCGAUUAAUCCAAAGAACAGACCAUCUUGUGAUGAGAUACUAAAAUUGGUUGCGGAGGCAAGACACUCUUACGCGGCGCCAGCAAAUAGUGCAUACCCGAACGCAUCACCAUCGUCAUAUGUUGAAGUAGUCAGCUUGUCUCCUCCGCCGUCCACGAUACCAUUAUCUUCUUCCAAUGCACCCAUUUCGUCUUCACCACCACUAUGCCAGCACAUCCCCUCAACUACGUCUCUCCCAGCACAGUCACUAGUCCAACGACGUCGUACGUCUUCUACAGAUGACAGCGUACCAUUAACACAACCAAAUGAAGAUGACGACAUCGAUGAUAUCAACGACAUCGAUGAUAUCAACGACAUCGAUGAUACAGAUCGGAUGUCUGAUACUUCAACAGCAGUAGUACGGAUUUUACCACCUGCUACUCGACGAGGAGUUUUUAGUGUUGUGAUUGGGAAAAUCCUGACGCGUUGUGACUUGUGGAGAAUCAUUAAAGGAUGUAUUUUUCUAGUUAAGGCCGCACGAUUAAUAGCACAGAUCAUUGUCAUGGGCGUUCAAAUCGUUGGAAGAGCUUUCAUAGAGGCAUCUAAGCAGGCCGCUGCGAAUGCCGCCAGAAAUGGUAGUUCGGCCGGUGCGGGACCAGCAGUUAAAGCAUCAGCAGACGCUCUCACAAGGAAGACUGGCAUGACUAUUGAUGAGGCAUGCCAAAUAUUAAACAUAAAGAAAGAGGCAAUGGAAGACAUGGCGCAAGUGGCAAAGAGUUACGAACACCUAUUCAAAGUCAAUGAUAAAUCCACAGGGGGGUCAUUCUAUUUACAGUGCAAAGUACAGAAUGCUAAAGAUCGCAUAGAAGCUGAACUGAUGGAACGAGCAAAGAAAGACAAUAAAGGCAGUUGA